AUGGCGCAGAUGGCGCCGCCCUCGCCCAGAUCCACAGACAACUCGCCUGAGCCUGAAGGCGGACCCCGAAAACGGCGUCGCACAGCGAUUGCCUGUGAAGAAUGUCGCGAACGGAAGAGAAAGUGCGACGGUGUUAAACCUGUCUGUGGGGCCUGCACGAGGCGCUCAUCGUCGGUCUGCUCCUGGAACGAGGAUCGGAAUAGUAAAGGAUGGUGGAGCAACAGCUAUGUGGAGAGCUUAAAGGCACGCAUUAACGAGCUGGAAACGGCAGAGGCUCAGAGCCUGCCUCAUGGCUCGCUGGAGCAGGCCACUCCGUCAAGUGUGCUGCCAGCCUUUUCUGGCCACCAUCCAGCACACCUCCCUCAAGUGGUCGAGUCCAUUGCAGAAGGCUCGAUGUCUCAGAGCGCCUCUAGCUACUAUGCCACAGUCCAUGAAAGGCCAGGUUCCACGCUUGAGUCUCGAACCGCCAAUUUUGAGCCCACUACGCUUGCAUUGCGGCCCCCUGUUGCGUAUAACGCAGCUGCUGGGACUGGUCCUGCUCCUGGUCUCACUGAGGGUAACGACAGUGUUGGUGAUUCUUCCGGCGAUGACAGCGAGACAGAAAUGGACGCGAUGGGUGUCCUAGGUUCUGUUGACGGCACCGACAAAGCACGCACCCGCCGACCCUCGGACUACUUUGGGCCAUCGAGCACGAUUGGCCUACUGGGAAAGGCGCGCCGUGCGAUGUCAAAGAAGCGGUGCCAUCACGGCCAUUCGUCUAGCAGAGCAGAUGAAAUGUGCCAGGAAUGCCAGGCAGCAUCUACUUCAUCUCCCUCUCGCUCCUUGGGCUCCCAUGGAGCAGCAAGCAAGGCCAAGGACUCAGCCAAGGCAUUUGGCUUUGUGAUCCCUCCACGAUCCGAAGCUGACAGCCUAGUAGAAAGCUAUUGGGUUGGCUGCCAUUCAUUGUAUCCUUUUCUACACAAGCCUUCCUUCAUCAACAGAUACAUUCAACUGUGGAAUGGGAAAAGCGAGUCUCAGAAGAAGAGUUAUUACGCCAACCUUGAUGGCACCGGGUUUUACUGCAUGCUGAACGUCGUCUUCGCCCUCGGGGCGCUACUUAACCCGGACAUUGAUGAGAGGACACGCGAAAGCGUCAGCCGCUCGUUCUUCGACCGCUCAAAGCAGCUACUAGACCUGGACCGGCUCGGUCACGGUAGCCCAGCUCUGGUUCAGACCCUCCUGCUUAUGGGCCAGUAUCUGCAGAGCACCGACAUGUCGAGCUCUUGCUGGAAUAUCGUUGGCCUGGCGAUUCGGGUUGCCCAAUGUAUUGGAUUGCACCAUGAGCCGAAACAGUCCCGCAAAAGGGUCGACCAGGUCGAGACUGAAAUGCGCCGUCGAACCUGGACAGGAUGUGUUCUGCUGGACCGCGUGCUUUCUCUAACAUAUGGACGCCCUUUGAUGAUUCAUCCAGUGAUGUCACGGAACCAGCUGGUGCUUCCUUUGGCAGCCGACGAUGAGUAUUUGACCUACCAUCCGGACCCUCCAGGGAAGCAACCAGAAGGCCAGACCAGCCACAUUGAGUGUUACAUUCAAUCUAUAAAACUCCAGGAGAUUCUCGGACAGGUACUUGCGUCGUUCUAUUAUGGGGGCGAAUCUGAAAACGACAAGAAAGACCUUGAAGCCUCCGAUUCCGGCCCGAGUGGCACUGUGACCCCGGUCAGGGAACGAGGCGUCAAGGACUCGGAUCUGCAAAGACUGCUCAACGUUGACAAAUUACUAAUGUCCUGGCACAAGGAUCUUCCUCCACACCUGAGGGUAGAUGCGUACAGCGAUGAUGGGCUUCCAGAGUCCAGGUUGACAAAGUGUUUCCGUCGACAAGCCACUGUGCUCAAAGCGAGAUAUCUGCAUGUCCGCCUCAUGAUGCUCAGGCCGGUUCUGUAUACUCUUUGCGAUCUGUCAGGGGACAGUAACGACGCCACUGAAAGCGAUUCCAUCGAGUUUAUCAUGCGACAUGGGAUGUUAGUCCGUCUUGCAAACAGCUGCGUAAAUGUUGCGAGAGAGCUUGUCCAUCUCAUUGCUGGAAAUGUUCAUACACAUCCGGAUUCGCUCCCACCGCCUUGGUACAGCGUCUUCUAUAUCUAUAGCAGCGCUCUAGUCCUCCUCAUCAGCCUCCUUUACUCAUCAAAGCAUAUUGAAUGCGCCGACGAGUCCGCGCUUCUUGCCGACUGGAAAAGCUCACUUGACUUUCUACGCAUGUAUCGAGAACGGCACCGCUCGGCACGGCGGUGCAGCAGAAUGCUUGCUGUUUUGGAACAAGAGAUUUCAAGCCACCAACAAGGUGCUUCAACUGGAUCAUUCACUGAGCAGAUAGCCUUGUUCCCCGCUGAGCAAGUCAGCUUCGCUGGCGAAUUCGGAACAACAGGCGCUAGCUCGGGCCAGUCAGUCUACAGCGACGACCCGAACGGUUUGCAUCUCCUGGAGGACUUUGCCCGGCUUGACCAAGGGGGCUUCCCGUGGAUGCAAAACUCCACCUCCGAUAUGAACUGGCUCUCGCUCGUUCCUUUUCUGGAAAAUAUGGAGGACACGAAUUUCUGA